GGAAAACAAAUUGGCGCUAAUCCAAAAGAAAAAAAAAAUAAAGAUAAACCCUAAGGAGAACAGAAUCCUAUCUCUCCUUGUUUUCUCCUCUACUCAACUGCGUCUCUGUGGCGUCCUCUCUCUAUCUCACAUCUUUGAAGCUCUCUCAGACCACUAUCUCUCACGGAGGGUUCCUCCACCACCGCCAACAACACCGUCAAGGAAAGAGUCGGAGCAUUUCCAAAAUUUAGCUCAAGUUCAAGAUCUUAAGUGCAGGUUAGAUGACAAUUGGAUCCUCAAAUUGUUGAUAGAAAACAGAGCCCCAAAAUUAGUCAGUGUCAUCACCAGGUUUACUAGUACAUAAAAUGGAAGGAAAAUCAUGUUAAAUGAAUAGGUGUCACUGUGACAAACGGCGAUGUGUACAAGCAAAUGAACCUUCACUUCCAAAUUCUUUGCAAGAUGAACUUGAUGUUCGUGAUAUGCCUAUCUCUAAUAGAACUACCCAAGGGGCUAUUGCUAGUACCAUUAUCCAAAGGCCUACUGUUGAAGGUCCAGAAAAAGAAAUGCGUGGAAAGACAAGAGGUUUAAAUGCUGAUAAGGUGCAUGAGCAGCUUAGUACUAAAAUACCUGUGACUUUCAAGAAAGAAAAUGGCAGACCCACAGGUCCAUAUGCAGAAAUGUUUGCUAAUGAAAUUGGAUUCACCAUUCGGAACCAUGCACCUCUGAAUGUGAAAAAAUGGAAGGAAGUAAAACCAGAAGAUAGGACAAGUUUGAUCAAAAGAAUAAUUACUAAGUACAACAUUGACAUGUCUCUACCUUGGGAGCAAUUGAACACUUUGAAAUGGAGUACAAAAGCAUUAAAAAGGGUUGGGACUUGGGAGCGAAAGAAUUAUGGGAUCAAAUGGUUAAGAUGCGAACUGAGACAACCCUUCUUGAUGGGACUCGAACCAUGAAUGAUGAUGAAAUAUGUGCAAAGGUUCUUGGAGUAAAAUCAGGCUACAUCAAGGGUUGUGGUUUUGUCCCUAGACCUCCACCAUCUAGCACUUCUCGAUCGUCAAUAGAUGAAAUGUCUGAGAAGAAUAAAGAGUUAGAAGAUAAACAUGAAGAGACCCAAGAUACUAUAAAGGCUCAACAAGAAAAGAUUGAUGCACAAAACGUGCUGAUCCAAGAAUUGCAGGAGCAAGGCAAAAGUUUGAGCAGUUCAUGGCAUCUUUAUGAUCCAACAAGCAUCAAGUUAGUUAUGCGUAUCUAGGAUUUAGUAUCAGUUAAACAAGUUCAUUGAUUUUUGGAUUAUUUUUAGUUCAGUAUUGACUUUAGACUAUUCCAAUUUGUAGUUAUGGUAGACAACAUUAUGAAUUAUUAUUUUGUUUAUUGUUUAACAAGUUUUCAAUAAGAAUCCUCUUUUUAGAAUAAA